UGUAGUUUUGGCGCGCUUCUUAAACGCCGCUGUUUGUUCCGAGUUCGUUCGCGGCGGAGCACAACAACGCGGACAAGACGCACCCCGGGCAAGUUUAUUACUCACGAACCUGAGCGGCUGUCGCUAACAUCUCUCCAGGUCAGAAAUGGCCAUGCAAAUUCAACAUGAAGUGACUGAAGUUGAGGAGGAGUCUUUUGGGCCUCAACCUGCUACAAGACUUGAGCAAUGUGGUGUGAGUGCCAACGAUGUGAAGAAGCUGGAGGAGGCUGGCUUUCAUACUGUGGAGUCUGUGGCAUACGCCCCGAAGAAAGAACUGCUCAACAUAAAGGGCAUCAGUGAGGCGAAGGCUGACAAGAUUUUGGCAGAGGCAGCUAAACUCGUGCCAAUGGGCUUCACAACAGCCACAGAGUUUCACCAGCGACGCUCGGAGAUCAUUCAGAUCAGCACAGGAUCCAAAGAGCUGGAUAAACUUCUUCAAGGAGGAAUUGAAACUGGAUCUAUCACGGAACUGUUUGGAGAGUUUCGCACAGGAAAGACGCAGCUCUGCCAUACCUUGGCCGUGACCUGUCAGCUUCCAAUUGACCGGGGUGGUGGAGAGGGAAAGGCCAUGUACGUGGACACAGAAGGCACAUUCCGUCCAGAACGCUUGCUCGCAGUCGCUGAAAGAUUUGGUCUCUCUGGGAGCGAUGUUCUGGACAACGUGGCCUACGCACGAGCAUACAACUCGGACCACCAGACUCAAUUGCUGUACCAGGCAUCCGCAAUGAUGGCCGAGUCUAGGUAUGCCCUGCUUAUAGUUGACAGCGCCACCGCCUUGUACCGCACUGACUACUCGGGCCGUGGGGAGCUGGCCGCUCGGCAGAUGCACUUGGCGCGCUUCCUCCGCAUGCUGCUGCGUCUUGCAGAUGAGUUUGGUGUGGCAGUAGUCAUUACCAAUCAAGUGGUGGCUCAGGUGGAUGGAGCUGCAAUGUUUACAGCUGAUCCCAAAAAGCCCAUCGGGGGAAACAUCAUGGCCCACUCGUCUACCACCAGGUUGUACUUCCGCAAGGGACGUGGCGAGACCCGAAUAUGCAAGAUAUACGACUCUCCUUGCCUGCCAGAAUCAGAGGCAAUGUUUGCCAUCAACGCAGAUGGAAUUGGGGACUCAAAGGAUUAGGUUCGGGGUAGCUCCUUUUCCUGGUCCAGCCAUGGCAUUUUUCAGCCAUGUGCUUCACAUCCAUUAUAAUUUUUAAGAUAAGCACCCCCAUGAAAAUAAAAUGACUCGCAGAGCAUGAACCAAACUGGAUUUAAGCUUUUUUUCAGGAAAAUGUAAAAAUGCACCUUAUUAUUUGUAUUUUCAUUUUUUCUGAGAUUUGUUUUGUUUUUCAUUAUUUUCCUUAUGUCAAGGGUUAUGGCUUUUUACGUUUGUCCUGGCUACUGAACUUACUGGCUAAUUUAUGCAUUACUUUUGUUUUUCACAAACCUUGAGUCUUUGUCUUGUGUACUGGCGUCAACUUGCAUUGUUAUAAGUCAUACGAUUAGCUUUUAAGUUAGAAGUCGAAACUAAGCGUUACAAUAAACCACAAACAGAUGUUAUUUAUGCGUGGUUUUUGUUAUGGUGGGAAUUAGUCAUGGGUUCAAAUCCUUUACAGGGUUCACUUCUUCCACUGCCACCCUGUCCAUCACGCUGUGUAAUGAUUCACCCCCAUCACUAUAUGAUGACAUAACUGUUUUAUUGUUGUUUUGGCUGUAGGGGUCAUGUAGCCUUGGUGGCGAGAUAAUAACUACCUUGCCUGGUUUACAGGAGGCUGUGGGUAGUUUAGUAACAUGAAUCAAAAGUCAUAGAUUCUCACAGACGCACAAAUAAAUGCAUGUAUUAUGAGCAAUGGGAAUCUAUGAUUUGAUGCAUCAUUACGUGCCUGAUUUCAGCGUCAUAGAAGGGAGUGUACAUUGUUGGUGGUCUACAGUAGUUUUGUGGAUAAACGUAUCUCUUGUAGGUGUGUUGAAUUUUUACAUUGAAUUAUGACAAUCGGAUUAUACAAGGGAACAGAUUGAUUUUAAAGUAGCUAAAAAUAUCAACAUUUCUUAUCUAGGCAUUAAACACUGAUUUCAUAAACCGAGCUGAAGGAAAGGUAACUCAUGAACCCUAAUUUCUCGACUAAUAUUCUGAGGUUGGCUUUAAAAGUCUAUUUUUGUGUUCAACGUAAAACGAUGUACACUAUGAAAUGUAAAUAUUUUCUUCAAAUAAAGUAAUGUACAUUUUUUUACCACCAGUAGAUUUGGUUUCCAUGUGAAGACCAGUUUUGGAUAAUUUGUGGUAUGUUGUGUAAUAAACGUGUGGCA